AUGUUCGAGUCCAAGCUCGUGGUGAAGGAGUCGCACAAUAAGGGGUGCAUGAGCAGAGGGCUGACAGUGGCGAGGGCCCUGCAGCUGCUGGAACUGAAGCCUGAGGGGAAAGGGCACGCAGAUCGAGUUGGCGAUGGUGGAGGUGUUCCAGGCGAUGGUAGCCUUCCAAUUCUAGACAAAGCAUAUGCAGCACCGAAUGGUGAAGCCGAGAGUGAAGACGAGGAUUGA